AUGACAGCGCUUACGCCUCUGACCCGUGCCGUGCUCGGACUCGCUUGGAGCUGCCUGAGCUUCCUCUGGUGCGCGCACUGCGGCUUGACUGACAACCAUGUGCACUCCAGCUUCAUCUACAGGCGCUUGCGCAAUCACGAGCGCAGGGAGAUCCAGCGGGAGAUCCUCUCCAUCCUGGGCCUGCCCCACCGUCCGAGGCCCUUCUCUCCCGGGAAGCAGGCGUCCUCCGCGCCGCUCUUCAUGAUCGACCUGUACAACGCCAUGGCCGUGGAGGAGGAGGAGAGCGCGCUCCAGCAGCAGCAGCAGGGAGCGGUGAAGAGCGUCAGUGUCAAGGCUCAAGGGCACUCCAGGAGGGGGUACUACAGCCCGCAGCACGCCGGGUACUCCCAGGUGGCUCAGCCCUACCGAGCGGCCCCUCUGCUGGGCCACAGCCGCGCGCUAACCACGGCGCACGACACCAACUUCCUCAAUGACGCAGACAUGGUCAUGAGUUUUGUCAAUUUAGUGGAGAAAGAUAAAGACUUUUCUCAUCAGCGAAGGCACUACAAGGAGUUCCGUUUCGAUCUGACUCAGAUCCCAGACGGAGAGGCCGUGACGGCAGCAGAGUUUCGGAUCUACAAGGACCGCAGUCAAUCCCGCUACGACAAUAUCACUCUGAAGGUUACCAUAUAUCAAGUCAUCAAAGAGUAUCCGAACAAAGAUGCAGAGACGUUCCUGCUCGACUCCAGAACGGUCCAGGGUUCCGACGGCGGCUGGCUGGUGUUCGACCUCACGGCCACCAGCAACCACUGGGUGAUGAACCCUCAGCAGAACCUGGGCCUGCAGCUCUGUGUGGAGACUGUCGAUGGACGGAGUAUCAACAUCAAAUCUGCUGGAAUCAUUGGGAGAAAUGGGCCCCAGUCCAAGCAGCCGUUCCUGGUUGCUUUCUUUAAGGCCAGCGGGGUGUUGCUCCGCUCUGUCAGAGCUGCGGGCGGGAAAAAGAAGAGCCACAAUCGCAAUAAAUCAACCAAUCAACAAGAAUCAUCUCGGGCACCGAAAGCUGGAGAUUUCAACACCAGCGAGCAGAAGCAAGCCUGUAAGAAGCACGAGCUCUACGUCAGCUUUCGAGAUCUGGGCUGGCAGGAUUGGAUCAUUGCACCGGAGGGCUACGCCGCUUUUUACUGUGACGGCGAAUGCUCGUUUCCACUCAACGCACACAUGAACGCAACAAAUCACGCAAUCGUGCAAACCCUGGUCCAUUUAAUGUUUCCUGACAACGUGCCAAAACCGUGUUGUGCCCCGACCAAGCUCAACGCAAUAUCAGUUCUUUACUUUGACGACAGCUCCAACGUCAUCCUCAAGAAAUAUAGAAAUAUGGUCGUUAGGUCUUGUGGUUGCCAUUAG